AGUCCACUGUUCGUGUCUCAUCAUGGGUCAAGUCUUGGACAGGUUACAGGAUAAGAAGUGGAGGCAAGGCAAAAUAAGGAAGAUAACAGAUAAAGCAUUUGAAAGUCUUAAGAAUGAAGAAGAAAAGGCUCAAUUGACAUUUGAAGAUCUCUAUAUUGCUGUUUUACUGGUUUACAAUGAUCUCAAUAAGCAUUUGCCUGGUCCGCACUUUGAUCCUCCCUCGAAAGACAGAGUCAAGCAAGUCAUGAAGGAAUGUGAUGUGAAUCCUGAUGGGAAAAUAGACCGUGACGAGUUUUAUGAGUUCAUAAAAAGAAUGACAGGAGACACAUUCACAAUAAUAAGCCAAGGGAUGAUUGUGACUUUGGUUGUGGCUCCAAUGUUGGCGUUUGCAGCAAUGAGGGCCAUUGAAGGCGUCCCUGGUGUGGUUGGCAAAGUCGCAAGAAAGCUUCCAAAAUCAGUUUACGUGUCGCUUAUCACUAUUGCUCUCGUGGCGCUCUGUAAUUGGAUGCAAAGGAUUUCUUAUCACAGCUAGUCUUGCCUGCAACUAAUAUUCUGUGUUUCUACAUUAAAAAAAAAAAAGUUUCAAAUGUAAAGAUAAAUUUAAAAAGAAAAAAUAAUAAUAAAAUCUCUUCAAAUUAUGUAAAUGAUAUUUCAGUCCCUCAAAAUGUCAUAAUACUAAUGAAAUCUCUAGGAACUUUUGUGUUAUUAAAGAAUUAAUGUACAUGA